CUCGGAGCGACCUGCAGGUGGGUGCGCGCGACCGGUCCUGCAGAGUGUCAGCUGAGGUAAAGGCGACCCAGUGAGGAACAGAGGAGCAUGCUUAUUCCCUCACGAAGUGCUGAGGAAGACCCCUCCAGCUCGCUUGCCGGAAAGUACAGUAACAGUGUCUCUGGAAAAGUGGAUUUUCAUGCCAGAUGAAGCAAAAGCCAGUGGAGAACUGAAGAAUGUGUGCUACCUCCAGAGGCUAUUGAAGCGCUGCUGUAGCUGGAAGACAGCCGCCCUCUGCCAGGAGCAUUAUUUCCUUAUUUUAUCUCAGUUUACGGAGGAUUUACUUCUCGGAAGCUGGGCAAGUUUCAAAAACAACUCUCCUACAACAAGUUCUGUUUCCAAGGAAAGUGUUAACCAUUUGUCCCUUCUGGCGUACCCUCUUCCAUUGAAAUCCAUGCAGAAUAGUCCAGAGAUGGGCAGCAGCGAGCCCUUUCCUGUUGCAGAAGGUGACAAGAGGAAAAAGAAGAAGCGGAAGGCCCGGGCCACUGACUCCUUACCAGGGAAGUUUGAAGAUAUGUACAAGCUGACCUCUGAAUUGCUUGGAGAGGGAGCCUAUGCCAAAGUCCAAGGUGCCGUGAGCCUGCAGAAUGGCAAAGAGUAUGCCGUCAAAAUCAUCGAAAAACAAGCAGGGCACAGUCGGAGUAGGGUAUUUCGAGAGGUGGAGACGCUCUAUCAGUGUCAAGGAAACAAGAACAUUUUGGAGCUGAUUGAGUUCUUUGAAGAUGACACAAGGUUUUACUUGGUCUUUGAGAAAUUGCAAGGAGGCUCCAUCCUGGCCCACAUCCAGAAGCAGAAGCACUUCAAUGAGCGAGAAGCCAGCCGUGUGGUACGGGAUGUGGCUGCUGCCCUUGACUUCCUGCACACCAAAGGCAUCGCUCACCGAGAUCUGAAGCCAGAAAAUAUAUUGUGUGAGUCUCCAGAAAAGGUGUCUCCGGUGAAAAUCUGUGACUUUGACUUGGGCAGCGGGGUGAAACUGAACAACUCCUGUACCCCCAUAACCACACCAGAGCUGACCACUCCAUGUGGAUCUGCAGAAUACAUGGCGCCGGAGGUGGUGGAGGUCUUCAGAGAUGAGGCCACUUUUUAUGACAAGCGCUGUGACCUGUGGAGCCUGGGCGUGGUCCUCUACAUCAUGCUGAGUGGCUACCCCCCCUUCGUAGGUCACUGCGGUGCCGACUGUGGCUGGGACCGGGGAGAGGUCUGCAGGGUGUGCCAGAACAAGCUGUUUGAGAGCAUCCAGGAAGGCAAGUAUGAGUUUCCUGACAAGGACUGGGCACACAUCUCCAGCGAGGCCAAAGACCUCAUCUCCAAGCUCCUGGUUCGAGAUGCAAAGCAGAGAUUGAGUGCUGCCCAAGUUCUGCAGCACCCCUGGGUGCAGGGGCAAGCUCCAGAAAGGGGACUCCCCACGCCGCGAAUCCUUCAGAGAAAUAGCAGCACGAUGGACCUGACCCUCUUCGCAGCUGAGGCCAUCGCCCUUAACCGCCAGCUUUCUCAGCGCGAGGAAGACGAGCUGGCAGAGGGGUCCCUGGCCGAGGGCCUGUGCUCUGUGAGGCUUUCUCCUCCAUGCAAGUCACGCCUGGCCCGGCGGAGGGCCCUGGCCCAGGCAGGCCGCAGCGAUGACCCGGAACCAUGUCCAGCUCCCACCGCCCUCUGACCCACUCCAGCCACAGCCUCCGUGACCUCAGCCUGCCCAGGCUAGGCCAAAGUCUGCAGAGCAAGUAGAGGGAGCCACUCUGUGGCUCCAUCCAGGCCACCCAACCCCCCAUUUCUCCAGAGUCCUCAAGGAAAAAGCUCUUUCCAAAGGGGCUGUCUUUGAAAAGAAAAGCAAUCACUUGUCACUUUGCAUAAUCGCCAGCGGCAGGGACAUCGCUGCUGGGCUGCGGCCCACCUGCUCACCCGCCCGUAGAUCCAGAUGCAGCCUGCUCUCCUGGGCGGCAGGCGGCAGUGGCGGCUGGGGCUGCAGCCUUCAGGGAGCCAGCCUUGAGAAGCGCCGGCUGACAGAGGCUCUUUCUUCUCUCUGCACUGUCACCUCCCCCGCCCGCUGGUCCUUCCACCUUCCUCUGUCCUCCGGAUGUCCUCCCCUGGCUGAACAAAGCCACCCCUCACUUCAGGAGAGGGCAGGGAACCUUCUGCGUUCAGGAGGCCAGAUCAGUCUUCCGGUCUGUAGCGCAGGAGAAGCACAUAAUCUUUCUUUGCCGGGACCAAAACGUGUCCCUCAUUUAUCAUCCUCUUCCUUGUUUGGGAUUGCUGCUGAAGUCCGUAUUAUUUCAUUUAAAAACAUGUUUUUUUUAACUAUGCACUUCCAGCAAAGAUAGGACUUUCAACUCCCACUGCAAGCCCCUGGAUUUUCCAGAGCAUGUAAUGGCUCGCUCUUCCUCGAAUGUCCAUGCAUGUGAAAGGUUUUAAUCAGCUGGUUUCCUAUUAUUCUAACUGGCUUUCAGCUGUUGAGACGAUGUGUGACUUAGAGGCUGUGUCUGCUGGAGGGCAGCAUCAGUCCAGGCCAGUUAGAAGGAGCUGUGCGCCGACGUGGCUCCGAUCUGAGGCGGCGCAGGUCCUGAGCAUGUGUCUGCUGCCGGAGGGCAUGAAGGCACAUCCGGCAUCAAAUAAGCUGGGCUGCGCAGCCACCUAGAGAAAAUCGAUUUGUACACGUCAGACAGACAUUUACACAACACGACAAUGCUAUUAUACAAUGUGCUUGUUUUAAUAAAACUGUUUUAAAUUUUA